AUGCGGCGAUGGUCAGCCCACGCUCUCGAGAUGCCCAACGGAAUCGCCGGGGAUGCUAGAAGUCUCACAACCGCACUCUCGCUCAGACACGUUGUUCGAAGCAAUAGCGAUACCAUCCAACGGCAUAGCCAUCGACUCAUGCUGGAGUUGUCGAAGACAAGGACACUCGAUAGAAUCUCUUGCUCCAACUCCCGUGAAAGAGGAUUUGGACGCCUGUCGCUCGAAGCAGGACUAUACCAUCUGGCCAGCAAUCAAGGAACCCGCCCCAUGUCUAACUCCGCUGUACAUACAGCUGAGGCAGUAGUCAGGACGUUGCAGACAACGACAUUCCUUCAUGGAGUUGUAACCAUUCAGGCACGUAGCCAUUGCCGCAGGUUCCUCAUGACCAGGCCAACGGCUAUACCUUGUCUUCUGAUCUUCACGCCUCUCCGACUCAAUACAAGCUGGCGAAUCCAGAUUCUUAACCUGAAGCCAUGGGACAGUGCUAACUUUUCAACCUACCGAAUGCCAUUUCGACCACAUUGUUGUUGCACUCAGUUGACGAUAUACGUUUGA